AUGGCAGGCGGAUCUCCUUGCGAAGCAGUAGCGGAGAAGCCGCACACAAACCGUGCAAUCUUAGUUUUUAUUCGACCGUGUUCCUCCCGGUUGUCGUUUUUGUACCUCGUUCGUCGCUUCUUCCGUUCGUCAAGAGAAAAAGGGGCACCUGGGCGCCUUUCGUGUCUCGCGUUGGUUUCGGCAACCAUGGAGCAGCCAGGCCACCCCGGGAGCUCCGUAGCGCCAGCGUCCGGAAGGUCUCCCGCUUCGAGAGGAUACACAACACCGCUUCUUCCCGAGAGAACUGCUUUCGAAAAGAAGGGGAAUGCGUCGACUGUCGACGUCCUUGCACAGCUCGAGGACCCUUCAACGCGAAUGCGCGUUGUCAGUGACCUCCGCAAGGAACUCGAGGCGGCCGACUGCUUUUGGGCGAAACUCGGAGACCAUGCCCGUGAAACCUGUGGAGAACGUCUCUCCGUUCCAGUCGUUUCUGCCUUCAAGAGCAUUCACACGCAGCGGCUGGCAGGCCUUAACCUGGAGCAGGUCGACUCGGUGUGUCGAGAUGUACUCGCUGCGAUGGUCAGAAAGGCUGAGAGCGCUUGAAACGUCUUCCCUUCGAACUCCCUGGAGAACGUCCGUUUCUGCUCAGCGAGGCUCCACACCGUUUCCCAAACAUGAGUCUGACGUCAGAAAGUUUCUCCUCGUAUCCUCUUUGUGUGAACUGAAUUGCAUGAAACAAUACGAAGGAGACCGCUUUGUGCAGGCAGCAUUCUAAAUGCCCAUCCUGCCACUGCUGCUCAACGCCAAUGCACGACGCUAGCAAAAAGGCGCAAGCUGCUUCCCAAGUCGAUCUAAACGAGAGAAUUUCCAUCCGGAGGGGACGUAGCGUCGACCGGAUUCUGCGUGUCUCUUGACACCCUUGAAACCAUAUGCAUGUCUAUAUAUAUACGCGCAUUUGUAUCCAUCUGUCUAUAGGUACGUCAAUAACCAUAUAUAUAUAUAUAUAUAUAUAAAUAUCGGUAUGUACAUGCAUUAGACAUGUAUGCACAGAGAACGCAUGCUGCCCGCGCACCGGCGACGUAUAUAUCUGCAUGCGUUCGUCGCUGUGUAAAGGGCGUGUCUACGGGAAAUGUUGUCUUGCUCUUAAGCCAGUGGAGAUUCUGCGCGGCGCGACUUGCUGUAAAGACGAGUGAAGGUUUUCAAUCUUGUCUGCCGAGACGAGACCAGAUCGCUUGCGCGCGCAUGAGUGUGACCCAGGAGUCGACGCGAUAGACGGAGCACUCUUCAGUUUCAGAGGCCAGCAUGCGGAUGUGAAUCGGCGACAAGUGGC